UAGUAGACCGUGAUAUUGUCAACCGAAGACUGGUGAAGUAGUGAAGUUGUUCUGAAUUAAGAAAAAUAAAAAAUGGCUGCGGCGAUAUCGCGUGCGGAUCAAAGCCAUAACAUUGAUCAAAAAGUAUCACGAAUUGGUCACUAUGAACUACUUAAGACAAUCGGGAAAGGAAAUUUCGCCGUCGUGAAAUUGGCAGUUCACAGAAUAACGAAAUCCAAGGUGGCAAUAAAAAUUGUGGACAAAACAAAACUUGAUGAAGACAACCUGAACAAAACAAAGCGAGAAGUAGAAGUCAUGAAGAAAUUGAAGCAUCCAAACAUAAUCAAACUCUACCAGGUCAUUGAUACAGAUGACACACUAUUCCUUGUUACUGAAUAUGUUCCAGGGGGUGAAAUAUUUGACUAUUUGGUUGCCAAUGGGAGAAUGACAGAAAAAGAAGCAAGAAGAGUCUUCAAACAGAUACUUGCUGCUGUCGGAUAUUGCCACAAAUGCCUAGUGGUUCACAGAGACCUUAAAGCUGAAAAUCUCUUAUUGGAUGCAAAAAUGAAUAUUAAGCUUGCAGACUUUGGAUUCAGCAACUAUUUUGAACCUGGUCAUUUACUUUCAACAUGGUGUGGCAGCCCUCCCUAUGCUGCUCCUGAACUCUUUGAGGGCAAAGAAUAUGAUGGGCCGAAGGCUGAUGUGUGGAGUCUGGGCGUAGUUUUAUACGUACUAGUGUGCGGUGCUUUACCAUUUGACGGUUCUACCCUUCAGCUUCUUCGCAGCCGUGUUUUAUCUGGGAUAUUCCGUAUCCCAUACUUUAUGACAACAGAUUGUGAGCAUUUAAUACGACAUAUGCUCAUAGUAGAUCCAGAGCGUCGUCUAAGUAUCCCACAAAUUCUUCAACAUCGCUGGCUUAUAAUGGACGAUGAUGGACGAGCAGGGCCUGACAAGUCUUCGGAAGUGAGCGGAGAAAUUCCUUCAGACGAUCCUAUAUCUGUCAAUGAAUCUAUAGUUGACACCAUGCUAAAAAUACCAGGCUUAGAUCGUGAAAAAAUUUUGAAGUCGGUGCAGGAACAGCGCUUCGAUAAAAUCAGUGCAGUGUAUCAUUUAUUGGAUGAUAAGUCGGUUGCAAAAUCGAACAGUUCUUCGAAUAUUACCAAUGAUUUGACCCAAAAUACAGCUCUUACUGCAACCUGGCCAAGCUUCAGUGAUAGCCAGCAUUUAGAGAAAUUUGUUGAUAUGGAUUUAGAAGAACCCAAACAACCGAGGGCAUCCACGAGCGGAAAUGAGGGACCGAGCAAGCAAAAUGGCGAAAGGAAUUUGGCUACUAGACGGCACACUGUUGGACCGAGUGAAACAACACACGACCAAGUGAUGGUCAAACAUCUAAAACUCGAUCAUUUCGGUGCAAGAGGAACUCCUUCGUUUUACCCUGUGACUGGAUUCACUGGUCUUGGUUAUAGUCCAUUCCAUCUACCAUCCCACAUGGAUCAGUUCACGGGGUUGAAUACUGUCAUGGAUUCCCGCCAAGGAUUUCUACCAAAUUUCGAAUUGAGUGUACGUUCACCAACUGCUGUUCCAUCGACUUUAAAUGCUCAGUUCCCUAACGUCUCUGGAGUACAGCACGCAACUGGUAUGCAUCAUGGAGCUCCAUUUGCCUCACCUUCUCAUCAUCCUAUGGUGCUAUUGCCGCACACUAAUCUUCCGCUGAUGCUGCCUCUAUUACAAAAUGAACCCCCGCACAACUUCAGCGUCAAGGAUCCACAUUUGUUAAAACCUCCACCAGCAAUGGGAGCAGCGGGCGGUUUUGGUCGUCGAGCCUCGGAUGGUGGUGCUAAUCUGCUAACUUUCUUUCAGAAGAAUAUAGAGCACAGUGAUUGGAGUACUGUGCAACAGCAAAAACAGCAGCAUCAACAGGCCAUGCAAAUGAAUCCGGUGCAUCAGCUAUCCAACCCGUUGGCCAUAAACAACCCUUCCACCUCGUCUCAUGCUGCACAAGGAAGUCAAGCUACAGAACAACUGGAGGAUUCUUCAAAUUCGGGGGAACUGUCGAGGUAUAUACACAGAGGAAAGAGGCAUACCUUACCAAUGGCUAAUCAGGAACAGACUCAAAAUAUCCAACCCAGAAUGCGUAAACAGGGUUUGAUGCCCAUGCAUCGACCAUUAGUGAUCCCUGAGCUAAUAAAUGAAGUUGAAGCUCGAAUGAACCACCUCCCGUACACGCCGCCUAGUCUCACUCCAGGCAACCCCACUCCUUCUACAAGCAUGAGCAUGAAUAACUGUGUAGGUGUGCCUCCAAAUACUCAAGCUCGUCCCCCAAAGAGUCGACGUACAGGACUGGCAACUGUAGUGGAACGGGCUGGUCCCAUGUUAGGUCGUGACUGUUCGGCCAGAGCGGAUACAAAUGUGUUGACGUUGCCAUCGGAUCGGCAUCCACGAAGAGCAAGUGACGGAUGUGCCUCGAUUGGCCAGUAUCGAAUGUCAGAAAGGGAUGGUGAAGAUCCGAAUACCGCAUCCAGCAAUGUUUCCUCUGCGUCUCAGCUUAAAGCUGUACAUCAAGAAUACCAAGCUUUACAACGUCAGAUGGUAAGCAGCAAUACUAACGAUAUGCAGAUGCGACAUGCUAUUCACGUACAACAACGGCAACAGUUGCAGCAACAGCAAAUGUCUCCGCGAAUGACUCCAACGCCACCGCCCACGUCGACAUCACCAGUAUCUUCGGAUUUCUGUGCCAUCGGUUCACCGCACUACCUGAAUCACAUGUGUUGUGAAAGUGGUAAUCUUUCUCAGCAUCUCCAGCAGUUGCAACUUCAACAACAGCAGCAGCAACCGCCACCACCGCAGUCCUCCUUAUUACAGUCGUACAGCCAGUCUCCGCCCGUCGGCGGGGUCCUGUCUGGUUGUUGUGGAAACAACAGUGGCGGGUCCAUAGUGCAAGGUACGGGCCGGCCGAUGGGUUCAAUCGUUCAAGGAACGCCAAUUGUGUCUCAAGGAUCUCUUGGGUCAGCGACCCCUACACUAGGAUUCUUCAACAUAGAAAAUUCUCAGAACUCGGUUGCGAUGCCACGAGUCCAAGGAGGUUCCAUCAUUCAAGGAACUCCAUUUAAUCUUCCGACAGUGCCAAAUAAUCUGGACGUCUUCGCUAAUCAAACCCCAACGUUAAUGCCGAUUUCAACGUUUGCAGGCGGGUCCAUAACUCAAGGAACACCGGUGAAUCGGAUGAUUGAAGUGGAGGACAUGGAAUCGGAUGCGAUCGAAGGCGAUAUCAGUCCAGCGGAAGAGGCUUUGGAUUUGAGUGUUAGAAAUUUUAAAAAUCGAACCGAUAACGAAUGGACGUGCCAACAAGAGGUGGAAAGAAAGCCGAUAUUUACCGGUCCGCCUCACCCUCAGAUCUCCAUUACGGAUGAGCAGGGCGAAGUGACUGACAUGUCAUGGAGCGUCUAUGCUCAUCUGAGCGGAAAGAACGGCACCUGUCGUCAGGUGGGUUUGCAGAAUCUUCAGAACGACGUGCUCUCGUCAUCAUUAUUGGCUGGUGAUAUCAGUUCAAUGUCUGCCUAUCCGGAAUUGCACAAAUCUUCCAGCGGAUCGAUCGAAGUGCAGCUGUCCUCCGACUGCUCGCAGUUGACGGUUGCCGAAAUCUUUGCCUUGAUUGAGCGCUCGAUUCACACCAAGGCGUCAGGAUUGGUGAAAUGUCAAACGGAGAACGAUGCCGCGCUUCUACUCGAACGACCCGGUGAAGACAUUUACAUCGCUGUCGAAGUCAGCCCACCUGCUGGCCCAGAAGGUUUAAAAGGGUUGAAAAUCCGUCGUAUAUCGGGAGACUAUGUCCGUUACGAUCGUAUAUGUAAUGAGCUGAUUGCCUGUAUCAGCAUGUAAAAACUAAUCCCAUCCUAUUCCUCUCGCGUGAGUAUGUGGUCUCUAUUUGUGUGAUUGAAUGACAAAACCUAUCCAUUUGAACGAUAGCCUGGACGCGCUUGCUCUUGCAAUCCAUUCCGAUCGUUAGCCGAAAUUGAAUGCGUUCAACGCGGUGUAUAUUUUGGUCAAUUGUUUAUGUGUGUGUGUGUGUCUGUGUGUGUGUAUGCGAGUGCGUGCGUGCCUGCGUUGUCAAAUGUCGUCUCUGAAACCGUGCUAGUCGCAAGCAACCAGUUUGAGUGAGCCGUGUGUGUUACCUAAUUUUGUUUUCUUAUCAUCAUCAUUGUUUUUUUGUUUUUUUAACAUUUUUUCCAGUGAUAUGACAGGACAUUCCCCGUCUUUACAUUUCCCACCUUUCUGUUAAGUUUUUAACGAUCGUCUAUUUUAGUUGCUGAAAGGCAGGGCCUGCAAUUUGCGACUUUAUUUUGUUUUUUCCGUUGAUUUUUUUUCUGUUGCACGAUAUUCAUGAACGUCUCUAAUCAGAACGCAUAUUGAGACAUGAUUGCAGACAUUUACGCAAAGCAUUUAUCUGUUAUAAGCUAAUAGGUCUGCGUCUGUCGAUUUUGAGAUAUAUUUUUCCCCUUCCAUACGUAUCGCUUGACAAAUGGAGCUAGAUUCUUGUCCCCUCUUUCCAUAAUAUUCUUUCAAAAUCAAUACUUUAUGCACUUUGAACGUCGGGAAAAUCGUUCACCUUCGCACACCGCAUUCCGCUGUCUAUGUGAUUACUCAACAACAAACAGAAUUCCGUUUGCAAUGCCCCGAAGAGUCUAAUGUUAUUAUUACGUCGUUAUGAUCGUUUCAAGGUAAAAUUACUUUUCUGGAAUGGGGGCGAAGGGGAUGGAAAGAGGCAAUUUAUCGUAUAUAAAUGUUGGGGGGAAUUAAAAAAAAGAGAUUUGAUCCGGGAAGCUAAAUAUUCUCUCGUUUGGUGCCCGUCUAAAAAUAAAACUUGUUUUUGUUUUUUUCCAUGUAUUUCUGAUGGGAAAUUUAUGUAAAAUGAAAUAUCACUGUACAUCCACCACGAGAAAAUUACAAUUACAUAGAACCGCC